GCUUUCCUGUCCUCCUCCGCCCCCCUCCGGCCUGCUUCCCUGGCCCCUCCCUCUCCCCUGGUCCGAUCCGCCCACCAGCUCCCCCUCCCCAUCCCUCGGGUCCCGGGAUGGGGGGGCGGUGAGGCAGGCACAGCCCCCCGCCCCCAUGGCUGCCCGUCGGAGCCAGAGGCGGAGGGGGCGCCGGGGGGAGCCGGGCACCGCCCUGCUGGCCCCGCUGGUGCUGAGCCUGGGCCUGGCGCUAGCCUGCCUUGGCCUCCUGCUGGUCGUAGUGAGCCUGGGAAGCUGGGCGACGCUGUCUGCCCAGCAGGAGCCUUCUCAGGAGGAGCUGACAGCAGAGGACCACUGGGAGCCCCCUGAACUGAAUCCCCAGACAGAGGGAAGCCAGGAUGUGGUGCCUUUCUUGGACCGACUAGUCCGGCCUCGAAGAAGUGCUCCUAAAGGCCGGAAACCACGUGCUCGCCGAGCUAUUGCAGCCCAUUAUGAAGUUCAUCCACGGCCAGGACAGGAUGGGGCACAGGCAGGUGCCGAUGGGACAGUGAGCGGCUGGGAAGAGGCCAAAAUCAACAGCUCCAGCCCUCUGCGCUACGACCGCCAGAUCGGGGAGUUCACAGUGGUCAGGGCGGGGCUCUACUACCUGUACUGUCAGGUGCACUUUGACGAGGGGAAGGCGGUCUACCUGAAGCUGGACUUGCUUGUGAACGGUGUGCUGGCCCUGCGCUGCCUGGAGGAAUUCUCAGCCACAGCAGCAAGCUCCCCGGGGCCCCAGCUCCGGCUGUGCCAGGUGUCUGGGCUGUUGCCGCUUCGGCCAGGAUCGUCCCUUCGGAUCCGGACCCUCCCCUGGGCUCAUCUUAAGGCGGCCCCCUUCCUUACCUACUUUGGACUCUUUCAAGUUCACUGAGGGGGUCCUGCUCUAAACUUUACCCAAACAGCUCUCAGAGCACCACGGCCCCUCCCAGCCCCCCACCUGCCCCUUGCCCCAGCCCUGCCCUCUCUUUCAAGGGCAGCCGGCCCUUGGUCACGUGUCUUCCAUUCCACAGACGUACUCCUGGUCUUUAGC